GGGUUGUCAUGCCAUUUGGCCUCACCAAUGCCCCCGCGACUUUCCAAGCAGCUAUGACGACUGAGUUYCGCAACUUGCUCGAUCGCAGUGUCCUCAUCUACCUCGAUGACAUCUUGGUCUAUAGUAGGACGUUGGACGAGCACAUCGUACACCUUCGCACUGUUUUGGAUCGUUUGCGACUGACCAAGUACAAAGCGAACCUCGACAAGUGCGAGUUCGCUAAGCAGGAGCUUGAGUAUUUGGGCCACUAUGUUACGCCGAAAGGCAUUCGUCCCUUAGCGGACAAGAUCCAAGCCAUCGUGGAUUGGCCGGAACCCCGUUGCACGACGGAUGUACGCUCUUUCAUGGGUUUGGCUGAAUAUUAUCAGCGAUUUGUCGGGUCAUACUCGAAAGUGGCCGCUCCUUUGUCGAGACUUCAGUCCCCGAAGGUGCCCUUCGAGUUCGACGACGCAGCCUGUGGCGCGUUCACUACGUUGAAGGCAGCGAUGCAAGCCGCACCUGCCCUCCGUAUAUACGACCCCACCCUUCCCACCCAAGUGACUACGGACGCUUCGGGAUACGCCAUUGGCACAAUGUUGGAACAGUGUCACGAGAACGGUUGCCAUCCGGUCGAGUAUUUAUCCCAAAAGGUGUCUCUCGUCAACACUCUCGACGACGCUAGGAAGAAAGAGUUACUUGCGUUCGUCACCGUUCUCAAGCAGUGGCGCCACUUUCUUCUUGGCCGUCGGCGUUUUAAAUGGAAUACGAACAACAAUCCGUUGACCUUUUACAAAACGCAGGAUACGGUCACUAGCACGAUCGAUCGAUGGAUGUAUUACAUCGACCAGUUCGACUUUGACCCAUGCCACAUUCCCGGUCACGCCAAUCGAGCUGCGGACGCCCUCUCACGACGGCCCAAUUUUUGUGCCAUUGUGACCACGGCAUUCGACCUCCAUGACGAUCUGCAGCCGCAUUUCGUCAAAGGCUACAAGUCCGAUCCGACUUACUCUACGCUUUACGCGGAGCUUUCAUCGGAUCACCCGUCGGCUAGCCACUAUCGGAUUUCGGAUGGGUUCCCUCUCCUUCACACGAGAGGAAAUGACUUGUUAAUUGUGCCCCAAGAUCGCAUCUUACGGACUCGUCUUCUCGGCGAAUUCCACGACGCACGACUUUCGGCACACCUUGGCGUGAACCGCACAUUAGCACGCCUCCACCAGCGUUUUCACUGGCCCGACGUCCUUCAUGACGUCACGAGGUACAUUGAGUCAUGUGUAGUUUGCCACCGUAACAAGGGUCGAUCUCGACUCCCCUUUGGCGAACUGAAACCGUUGCCGAUUCCUCGGGCACCGCGCCUCUCCAUUGCUAUGGACGUGACAGGCCAGUUCCCCCGUGAUCGCCACGGCUAUGACGGUAUUCUCACGGUUGUUGACCGUUUGAGCAAGUAUGCUCGCUUCCUUCCUUGCAAGUAUCAUGCUGCAGCACCUGAGCUCGCACGACUCUUGCACACCGGUUGGAUUACCAACCAGGGUGUUCCAGAAGACAUAGUGAGCGACCGAGAUACUCGCUUCGUAUCGGCUUUUUUAACUUCCCUUAUGGCUGAGUCCGGUACGACAAUGAAGCCGAACUCGGCUUGGCACCCGCAGACGGAUGGCCAGACGGAGCGAGCACACCAGACCGCUCAGGUGAUGUUGCGUACGCUCAUCCGUCCCGACUAGAAAGAUUGGGUUGACCGGCUUCCCGACAUCGAGUUUGCCUAUAACACUUCGGUGCACCCGGCGAU